UUUGAUCUAGUCCUCUACCAAUUUUUUAUUGCUGUAAUUACACAAAAAAUGUUUUAUUAGUGGAUUUUAAUAAUAAAAAAAAUUAAUUUAUUUUAAAUUUUUUACAGGCAAUGUUAAAAUAAAUAAUUUUGUGAGGUUUAUAAUAAAAUCUAAUGUGAAUAUUAUAUUUCCGAAACUAAAAUGAAAAAAUUGUUCUCAAAAAUUGAAACGAAAAUUGACAAUACAUCUCGAGAGAGCAAUAAUUAUAUGGGAAAAGUCUUUACAGUUGGAAGACAAACGGUCACUGUGGAAGAUAUCCUAGCUGAAGGUGGUUUUGCUAUAGUAUAUUCAGUUAAGUCAAGCAAUGGAAGUAGAUAUGCUCUCAAGAGGAUGUAUGUUAAUAAUGAACAAGAUCUUAAUGUUGCCAAGAGAGAGAUUCAAAUUGCGAGUAGCCUGAGUGGCCACAAAAAUAUUAUAGGUUAUAUUGACUCCAGCUUAACUGCAACAGGUGGAGGGGUAUAUGAAGUCUUAUUGCUCAUGCCUUUUUGCCAAGAAAAUGUAUUUGGAAUGAUGAAAAGUAGAGGCAAAGCAAAUUUUGCUGAAAAUGAAGUUUUAACUAUAUUCUGUGAUACAUGUGAAGCAGUUUCUCGACUACAUCAUUGCAAGACGCCUAUUAUUCAUCGUGAUUUAAAAGUAGAGAAUAUUUUAGUAAAUGAAAAUGGCAAUUAUGUAUUGUGUGAUUUUGGUUCAGCUACUGCUAGAGUAUUAAAUCCAUUAGAAAAGGGCGUUGCAACAGUAGAAGAGGAAAUAAAACGUUAUACAACUUUGAGUUAUAGAGCCCCAGAAAUGGUGGACAUGUAUUGCGGCAAGCUAAUUUCAACAAAAGCCGAUAUCUGGGUAAGGUAUAUGUUAGAACCAGAUCCAGACCAGAGGCCUGAUAUUUACCAAGUUAGUUGUAUUGCUUUUCAAUUACUAGGUAAAGAAAAUCCUGUGAAAAAUUUAAUGAAAACGCCUACGCCUAAUUUAGACGAAAUUCCUGUUCCACCAUACGAAUCAGAAUUGAAGAAAACCCAAAUUAAAGUGCAAACCAGCAAGGUACUUGCACCUGUGAUAGAAGGUACUAGUGUCAUGCCUAGGCAACGACCAAAGGGUAGUUCCUCUGCCCCACUAAACCUGAAUAAUAUACCCCUAACCCUUUGCCCUAGUCCAACAUUAGCAAAGAAAUCUCAAAGUCCUGUAACGUCAACCAUACAGCCAAAUUACCAAGGUACCGUUCCCUAUACUCCUUCGUUUCCGUCUAAUGUAAAUUCCACUAAUUCUAAUUUUUCUCCUAACUUUUUUCCUACUCCUGAAGUACACCCACCUCACUUGGAUUCUCUAUUCCAGUCUUCCGUUUAUCCUGAUCCUUUUCGAGAUGAUUCCGCAGCUUCCCCUACCGCUAUCGAUGCUAAUAAUGGAAACAAAAUGGAUAAUUUUCCAAGUCAAGCUCCAACUAGUUUGCCAGUAAACGUGAAGUCGCCGGUAUCGCCUGAUAACCCCCUCUUUGAAACGAGAAACGCUUGCCAGGGGAUGUCGCUACAUAUGGGGUCAGGAUUAACUGAAUCUACCAAUGUUAUAGGAAACAAUACACCCCCUACUUCACCUACACUUUCAGUUCCAAGAGGACAUAGGCGUAAUAUGAGUGAUACUACGGCUUUUAAUAAAACUUAUGCCUCUGAAACAUCUCAGUUUCUUGCUCCAUUUGAAUCUUCAAUUAAACCCCGCAGCAUUGCUUCUCCUGCAGAAUCAGAGGAUCCAAACAGAACUUUGGCUCCCAUGGGUACAUCAACUUCUACAACUGAUGUAAGUCGCACCAAAGGCGCAGACAAUAGAUCUCUUUCGGCUGAUGUUGCAGAUUGGAACCCAUUUGAGGAACCACCUUUUAGUCAAUUGACGGAAGACCAUAUUUUUGGUGCUGAAUUUGACAAAAUUAGAAGAGGGAGUAGUAGCAGUUUGCAAGGUAUGAAGUCAAAAGAAAGCAUUGCAAUGUCGGUAUCAGAGGAUCCCUUCAGCAGUGCCCCCUUUAGUCUUCCUGUCCGCAAUCGAGAUAGGACGAACAAAGGACUACAUUCCUCAGCCAAAGCUGUAUCUAAAAAGCCGAUAACAGAGACUUUACCAGAAGAAAAUUCGUUAUACAAUUCCUCCCCAGAGCAACAUGUGGUUUCCGAGGGGGAAGCCCUUAUUAACACUGAACCAGAGAGUGACCAACCGAUAUCGCCUCCUUUUGUCAAAGCUCCAUUGGAGGAUAGAUCAAAAUACGAAAAGCUAACUCAAGGCGCUUAUGAUGCAACUUCCUCCAAUAGCAGCUCUGAAGAGGAAAACGCUAAAACUAAAAAGAAGAAGAAAAUAACUAUACCUGAAAAACUUCACUCAGUUUAUAAAACUGUAGAAAUGCCUAUUAAACAUCUGAGAUCUGAUCGUAAUAAAACGGGGAGAAAGAAUAAAGGUAAACACGGAAAAAGUGAGAAGGAUACUGGCGAUGUAGAAUCUGAUGACUCAAUUGGAUCUGCUAGCGAUUUAAGAGUAGAUGAAGAUGAUGUACUUCCAGUAAAGGAGGAUACGAUCAGUGAGACGAUAAGCGAAAGUAUUAAAACUUGCGGGUCAUCUGCAUACCACGCUGAAUGUGAAAGCAUGGCUACACACGAAGAAGAUUGUACAAGUAGAAUAAUAAGAACAAAACAACGAGCGCAAGCUAAAAAUGCUGUGGCACAAUCAGAAGAUAUGCUCUUUGUAGGUCAUCAAUAUGGAGACAAACCUUUAUUAAUGGAUGAUGAAUUAGAUUCUGAUUCUGAAACUAAAUAUAACAAUAAAUGGGAAUCAAAAAAUGAUCGGAAAAAUACAGCUGACAUUUGGAUAGCUCCUUCCAGCAGUUUUGAAGAUAACAAAGACGUUUUUGCAAUGGCACCUUUUGCUAAAACGAAACCUCAGUCUAACGAUUCCGAAGACAAUAUAGUACAAAGCGAAGAUCCGGUUUCCGUAACAUUUGAGGACCAUUUUACUGAAUGCAACGAAAACCAGACUGUUACCGUUACUACUCCCAAUUCUAAUCCGUUUUUAUCACCGGAUUUUGUGACGCCCAAACAAAAUGAUCCUAGUCCUGGUCUCGAACUUGCUAGAAAUUGCUACUUCGGUGAAAUUAAUUUUGAAACAAAUUUUAGAGAUUCUUUUCCAGGGCCUCUUAAAGAAUUUAGAGCGUCUCGGGAAAGUGUCGAAUUACGCAAAAAAGUCGAUAUUCCGUCACGAAACAGUUUCGAGAUUCCAAAGCGUCACAGUUUCGAAAGAUUAAAACGUGGAAGUUACGAAAUUACAAAACGCGACAGUUUGGAAAUACCAAAGCGGAAUAGUUUCGAAGUAUGUAAGCGCGAAAGUUUUGAAUUCAAAAGAGAAACUCUCGAAAUACAUAAAAAAGAACCAUUAUUUACAGAGCUCGUUAAACCAAAUAACUUGAUGACCAAGAGUGUAAAUUUUCAAUCUCCUAGCCCUAGAGCUUCUAGAAGCAGUUUAAAACUAGAUUUUAUCGAUGAGAACCACUCGAGUCCCCAGGAAGCUUCCCAUAAAAACAAGAAAGAUAAAAAGAAAGACAAAGAACCAAAACCGAAAUAUUAUUUGAUAGACGAUAACGUUUCCGAUGACGCCACAAAAGUACCCGAAAAAUCAAAGAAGCCGUCGAAAAGUAGUGCUCACAAAAAAAGUAGUAGUAAAUCAAAGAAAAUUCCGAAAGUUCGAGGUGACGGUGGUUUCAGCAAUAUGAGUUUCGAAGAUUUUCCUUCGGACGAGCUUGAAGUGCUUGAGACCUCCAUAAUGCCUUUCGAAGUGCUUAGAAGCCCCGAACAAGAACAGAAAAGUUUCGGGAUGAAAAGAAUCGGGAAUCCUUUUUCUUGAUUGCUUUGCCGUAAUACCCAUAAAUAUUUUAUUGUGGAUUUGUUACUUUAUAUUUCUAGUUUUACAAAUAGUACAGAAAAGAGUAGCUAUUUUGGAACUGUUGUAAUCAAUUAGGCUGUGUGCUUACAUUUGCAGCUAUCGUUUUCUAAUAAUAUCACCGAGUUGAAUAGAGACCAUGUUAAUUUGUAUGCAUUUUUAAAAUUGAAUUUUGUCAGGUAAUUUUCAAAUGAUCACUAGUUUAGAACGUGUUUUCAAACAAAAAGAAAAGAUUAUAUACAAAAUGACACUGAAAACAGACUACCCAAUAUUCCUCAAUAAUUAUUAUAUUUAAAAAAAUGCUCGAACAGAACGAUUUUUAAUUCAAAGGGGACAUAUCUUUCCGAUAUAGGCGUCUUUGACAUGUCCCUAACCCUUUUAGCCACGAGUUUUUAUUUUUUUAAAUAAUAUUCUGAAACGUCAAAAAAUGUCUAAUAUAUAAUUUUUAAGAUUUUGAAAAUAUUUUUCCGUUUCCUUCACCCUCGUUUUCGUAAGAAAAUAAAGGUCGUUAUAGCGAACAUGGUGACUCAAAUGAUAUAAAAAAACUAUAAAUAUACAAUUUGAAUUACUAGUUACAAUGAAAAAAUUUAAAAUAAUUGCAUUCGCGAGUAAUACACAAAUAGAAUUCUGCAUUUCUGCAUACAGAGUUAAUUUUUUUUGAGAGAUUUGUUAUUCUUACAUCUUCCUGCAUCUCUGGUUUCAUCAAAUAAAGGCAAAUGAUGAACGCGGUCAAAACGAAUAUCAUUAAUAGAUCUUCCAUUUUUGUUUUAUUAGUUGGUGGUGAUGUAGAAAUCUCACAAAUACUACCCACUUGAUGGCCGCGCCAUUAUCAGUUAAAUUCGCAAUUUGCAGUUGAUUUUGUCUGCUCCGCUUCGCUUAGUUUCCCAGAUGUAGUUUAAUGGGGAAUUCAGCAAAUAAACUUGACAAACUAUCUUAACGUAUGGCUGUCCAGUUUAUUCGUACAUGAUACAAUGAUGAGUCUGGUGCCAGGAUACGACCUCCAUGUCAGAAUUAGAGACUUACAUACGAAUACAAACACCACUGACACAAGAUUUCAUUCUAAAUAAUUCUGAGAAGUUUUACACGCGAUGUUUUCCAGACUCUGCAUGGUUAAACAUUACAUAAAUCCGUAGGUAAGACGAAAUUAGAAGCUACAGAAAAAUAUCAUAACAGACUCCCCACAGUGACAGACUUACUAACGAGAAAUCUCACACAGACUAGCUGUAAACUCUAGUGAAACGGUAGCCAUCAGAACGGCGAUCCGAAUAUAACUAGUAAACAGCACCCAGGGCCCCAAAUUGGAGCACAGGAAGAAGUACCAGUCGUUGCAAAUAUCGAAAAUUGAAAAGAGUUUUUAAAUUUAUAAUUAUCACUAAUAAAAAUUAAAUGAGGUAUGCAAUAAAUAUAAAGAUUGAUGUUCAUUAUUGAAUUAUUUUUGCCCUAGUUUUUCAGAGAAACAAUUAAAAUCUGACAAAACUACAUACAAACAGAUCAAUUACCGCCCCAGAUAACAAGUCAAACUUACUAUAUAAUGCUGUAUUCAACAAGGAGAGAGUACAGGGCUAAAAAACAGUCACAAUUCUGACCUGAAGGAAUCAAGUGGUUCACCGCGACUCGCGAACAAAACAUGUAUGCAGUUGUAAAUUUGUAAAUAAAGAUUUUGAAAAUUGCGAUCCAAAUAUGACUUCUAACAAAGUCAAGUUGGAUUUCUGUUUGGACGGAUAGCUUUAUGUUCACGAUAACCGUCAGUUUUGAGACAUUUAACAAAAGAAGACAAAAAAAUUCAUCCACCACACAAGGACAGCCUUGUUUGCAAUUAUUGAAAGACAAAAACUAUAAACUCGACUUUAUCACUAACAAACAACCACAGGACAUCCAGAAUGAAUAUCAAGGACUGAGAUCACGCCACAAUAGAAAUCAAUCAAAUGUAUAUAUGGAGGUAGAACAAAGGAGAAUUAAAUAAAUUAACAAAAAAUGUUUUUAAAGUAAGCUUUGGAAAAACACAUGUUGAACAGAAUCCUUCUUCUCAGUUUGGAUUUAAUUAAUGGCCUACUUUAGAAACAUUUUUUUGAGGAUCACUUUUUAUAAUUUUAACGAUUGAAUAAACGCUUUUAAGGGAAUUCUUACUUUUGAAAAAAAAAGGCUUAAAUUUGAAGGAUUUUCGGAAAGGAAUUGUAACUGAUCUAGUUAUCCGAUGUUAUUGAAAAAAAUAUAUGUUGUAUAAACAAUUGAAACUUAGAUUGCUCGUCAUUCAAAAUUUUCCAAAAAUCAAUAGGAGAUCCAUUAAAAAAAUUGAAAGUCGGCUUGAACUCGUCCAACUUCAAAAAAUUAUUACGCUUAUAUUUUUAUAAAUAUAAAAAAAAAACGAAAGAAGAGCAGACUUUUUUAUAUGUUUCCAAUAUGCUUUUAAAAUUUUAUUUAAUUUGAUGCAUUAGAAUUUUAAAUUUUAAAAAUGCAUUGUUUUUAAUGCAAAAUCUAAAGGUAUAAUACUCUUCUAUCCUUCGCAUGCUUUCUUUGUUGUCAUGGAGUAGCGGCGGCCUGCAAGAAGAAGUGAUCCUAGGGAUUGAGCGCUAUGAGUGCACGUGUUUCUAUGUUUCAUAAUCUUUUUUGUAGCUUUCAAUUACUUUAAAUUUGGUACAAAAAUCAUCUGAAAAUGGUCAAAAAUUAAAAAUAAAACAACAAAAUCACUUUGAUCUUUAUGUAAUUUUGAUAUAGGAAAUUUUCGGGGUCGCUAAAAAAGAUUUUAAAUUUCUAAAAUUAAAAAUACACUGUGUCUCGAAAGGAAUGGGACACAUAACAGCAGUAGAUUAUUUACAUAAAACUGUGAAAAUUUAGCUAAAUUUAAGUAUUUAGAGUAAAUUUUAAGCCAGAUACACGGUGCUUGAAAUUUUUUUUAUAUUUUUCAACUUAAUUUGGAAAGAUUCGCAUUUUUUGUUGUUUUUACACUUCAAUUGUGGCAGUCCGCUGUCUUUCAGUAAAAAACUGUACCUUUACCCUAUUUUGUCACUUAAUAUCUACUUUCGGAUAGGCAAGUUUGGCUAAAUCGUGAUAUUUUUACAUAAGAUAGUUACUAAUCUGCUGCUGUUUCAUUCUUAUUCUUAUGGUCCUUUGUAAAUAUUUUUUGAGUUUUUGAAAUAAGAUAUAGAGAGAUUUACAGGGUCCCUGAAGAAGAUUUCACUAACAGUCUAAGUAGUGGAACUUAUUGUGAUAUACUACUAUAAUUUUUAGAAUACUAAGGGCCAAUUUCAUAAUCAAAGGAAACGGCAUAGCUGAAGAAUCUUCGAAUACGUCGAAUACUGAAAACAGAGAAGUACCCUUUAAUGGCGGUCCUAAUAGACCAGUUAAUUACAGCAUUUGAGAAAGCGACGUUCUUGAUAGUAAUCAGCUCGUCAACUGUCGUCGGUCCCAAUCAAUAUUCGAACAGACCAGUUGAUUGCAGCACAUGUGAAUUUGUCAACUUUUGGUCUAUUCAACUAAAAUAUAUCUUCAGGUUGAUUUCACUGCGCUACAUGUGACCAAAUGAAAAUUAUAAAUGCGCCGUCUAGAAAAAAGUAAGAAUCCCCUUAAAGUAAAGUAAGCAAUAUGACUGUUCAUUGCGUUACUUUUGAUUUUAGCGCCCUCUCCUCUAUAGCGGACUAAAUAGUAUAUUGUACACCACGGGACUGAAGUGGCACUAUUUAUCCCGAUGCGAAAAGUUUUUAGCCUGAUGGAGGCUAUAAUUCGUCAAGGGAUAAAAAGACACCAGUCCCAUGGUUUAUAUCCUGUUUUAUGCACUUUAGAAAAAAUAAAAUGAAAAUUAUGAAAAACCACUUAACGGUAGUUUAAUAACAAACCAAUGACGAUGACAGAGCAAGGUUGUUAUAGUGUUGACGUAUAUUGUACUUUGUGCUGUAUUUUUGGUUAUAUGGCAUAAAUAUAUUGUACUUUUAAUCCAUAGGGAUUAAUAGUAAUUAGUCUCAAGGGAUUAAAAGUGCCAUUAAGUAUAUUAAACUUUUAAUCCCGAAGGAAUAAAAGUAAAUUUCAAUCCCUAGGGAGUAAAGUGCCAUUUUAGUCAAAAUACGUAUUGUAAAGUGUGAGUAAUAUAACGCAUAGCAUAAAAUUGUUAUUUUGGUUGAUGGCGAUUAAAAUUAAAUUGAUUUAGGGUCGAUCUUUUCACCUCUGA